ACCUAACGCAACGCAACGCCUCAUGCCGUCGGUGUUGCUUGCUUGCUUUCCAUGCCUGUCCAGUCUCCAUACGCUUGCUUCCCUCGAUGCUGCCUGCCCGCCUGCCCAAUUCUGUUAUCCGCUUCCCGACAAACACGAACGGGACGCGCGCCCAAACUUGAAAUCCCCUGAUCCCUUGACCAAGCUCGGCCAACAAAUCGACAAGUGGGAUAGAGCCCGGUCGUUCCGCCCCUUUUUUUUUCUUAUCCUCCAAGAGGGGCUUGUGUUCCUGCUCCCCGGCAACUUUUUUUUUCUUCUUGCUUUCCUCUACUGCCCGAAGCGACUUGUCCUUGCUGCUGGCACCUUUUGACUUCGCUCGUCGGCGUCAACCGCUCGUUACCCACCCACGCAAAAGGGCACCGCAAUUCCCUGGCCCGCCUAGCCUCCUCCUCGUCUCAGCUGGUGCCAAAAGGGGAUUAACCAGGCGUGGCGAACAACGUUUCGACUGACCUCCCUUCUGCAAACGCAUCCAUUCGCUCCGAACCUAUCGCUAGCUCUCCGACGACCGCCACAAUCCCCAGAAAAAAGUGUGAGGGGGGAAACGAGAAUCGUCCCAAGACCGAGAGGUGCAUGAUAGAGAAAAAAGAAAGAAGAGGAGGACAAACGCCCAAACUACCAGCCAACCAUCCCGCUCCGUUCGAACCGUCAAUCGCGCCGAAAAAAGCCAAACCCACCUUUUUAUUCUCUGUUUGCUUCCAUCCCUUCCAGCCGCAUCGGCGUGCUUUCAGGCGUCACACUCGUUAGACCAAACCCCCCGGGGGGCGAGCUUGCAUUGUGUGGUGCUGUGCUAGGCGGCCGGAUCUCCUGGGCCAACACCCACCCCCUUUGUGCCAUCGAACCCGCCUACAUUUGCUCCCUCGCGAAAAAAAAAAAAAAAGACCCCCGUCCGUCGUCUACGAUCAGCGAUCGACCUGCCGAAUGGGUCCGUGUGGUUCUGUCACCGCUCAGUUCCACCCGCGCAUCCUCGGAGACGCCCUUCGCUGCAGCCCGACUGUGCUCCCACCACGCUCCGUCGUUGCCUGACAGCUCGGCCGUCACCAACCACACCCCCACGCGAGCAGGGAACGAGACACGCGAGGACGCACCGAGCGAGAAUAAAAUAUCAAGGGGAAGAGAAAAGAGAUACAUCAUACACACACGCACAAAAGCAAGAAGAAAAAGAAACUAGGGGCUUCCAGGACCCCAGCCUCUUUUUGGCUCUGAUAGCGAGGGAGAGUGAGACGGCCUCGUCCACGCCACAAUAUACCAGUAUCAGCCAGCCUAGGGAGGCGGCGUUGCAAGAAAACCGCCAGGCCUGGAGAGCGAGAUCGGGUACUGAUCGGAGGGCCACCACGCUACACGCCCUAAAUCCCUAAUCUUCCUACAGGCUCGGAUACCCGGCCGUCGCUGCUGGGUGCCUAGCCCUCUCGCAACUAGCCCACGUCCCCGACGUGCCACCUGAAAGUGCUGCUGUGUGGGUCGGCAACCGGUCUGCCCUCGACGUGCGGCCUGCUGUGGACGCUGCCGGUGGUGCCGUUGCUGCUGGCACACGCACGCCUGUUUGCCAACAAAGCCUGCCGCUCCCAAGGUGUUGACGAAGCUGCUGCAAGGCGAGCCCCCAGCCGCCGGCGCACGCUCGCGACUUGGCGAGCACACCAUUCCAGAUUGGGCCGCCCAUAAUGGCACCCUUGACGCCCCGGCUCAAGAUUCUCUCAGUCGGCGGGAAUCCGGUUUCUGCCUUUCUGUCAUGGCGAUUGCAAGCGACAAACGCUUGCGACGUCACGCUCGUUUGGAAGUCCGGAUUUGAGCAUGUCUCCCAGUAUGGCAUAUCGUUCAAAUCCCCAGUCUUCGGCAACGAAAGGUUUAAACCGCGUCAUGUCGUUAAAUCCCCCGAGGACGCCGCCGCGCGCAAAGAGGGCGCAUUCGACUACGUGAUCCUCUGCAUAAAAGCCCUCCCCGACGUCUACGACCUCGCCGCCAUUAUCGACUCGGUCGUCACGCCCCAGCACACGUGCAUCCUCAUCAACACCACCCACACACUAGGCGUCGAGGCCGCUAUAGAAGAGCGAUUCCCCACCAAUGUGGUGCUGUCCCUCGUCGCCGGCGCCGAGCUGACCCAACUUGGAGCGAGCGAGUUCGAGCACAAGGGCUCAACCGAGAUCUGGGUCGGCCCCGCCAACAAGAACAGCAACAUUCCCCCGUCGAUACAGGACGACAUGGCGCAGGCGCUCGCCAUGACCCUCAGCACCGGCCAGGUGGACUGCAAGGUGUCUUCAAACAUCCGCCAGCAACAGUACGAGAGGGUUAUCGGCCCCAUUGCUUUCCACCCCGCAAGCGUCAUCUUCGAAACCUCGAACCAUGCUGCCCUGCUCGAGAAGGUCGGCGUAUCCCAACUCAUUUCAGACGUCAUCGACGAAUUACUCUCGCUGGCAACGGCCCAAGGGUGCAAGCUCUCCGACGAUUUCAAGAAGAAGACCAUGUCAGAGAUGGGUCAGAGCCAGAGCUCCGAGAGCAUAAUGUGGCAGGAUUUUAUUGCGAGGAGGCCCAUGGAGGUCGAGACAUAUCUGGGAUCCCCGAUCCGCCUCGCCCAGGAGACUGGCGUCCGCGUUCCCCGGAUCGAGACCUUGUACGCAAUCCUCCACAACCUCAACACCGUCAACCAGAACCGCCCCAAGGCCGACCCAUCACAGAGGCCUAUCCCUGGGUCCCCCGGCCCUGCGCCCUCUCCUAUUCCGCGGAACAUGAACGGUCCCCCUCGUCCGAUGCCAAAUGGCAUGCCCAACGGCAUGCCUAAUGGUAUGCCCAACGGAAACGGCAUGCGCGGCCCACCCAGGCCACGAAACUCGUCAAACCUGGGCCCUCCCCCGCCUGGUAUGCGCCGGGGUCCCCCACCACCGGGUAUGAAUGGAGGCCCGCCUAAUGGCUACGGGCGCCCACCCAUGAACGGAGGACCUAAUGGGUAUGCGGGGUCAAGGGCAGGAUCGAGGAGAAAUUCCAUGGAAGGGGCCGACUUGGAGGAGUUUAGUCAUCUGGUGGUCUACGAUGACAUCCCCGAAGGUGGGCAGACUAGCUACCCUCCCAACAACCACGAUCUUGCUCUGCGGGAGCGGGAGUUGGCCAUCCGACAGCGGGAACUUGCGUUGAGAGAACAAGAGAUGAGAAUGAGGCGUGGCCCCCCUCCUGGACCUCCUCGCAGGGGCCCUACGCCCUCCCUCCGCGGCCAACCCCACGGCGGCGGUGGGUUUGACGACGACGACGAAGAUGACGACUACUUUGAUCCUACCGGGCCGCCGACUGGUCCUCGUAUCGACCCCGACAACUUCGACAUGAUGAGCGUGACUUCCAAGAAGAACCGCAGGAUACCGAGCGCGUCCAACUCGCGUAAACCCGAGUUCGAGCAGAUCAACGCGCCAUCUCGAGGCGGCCGAUUCCGGCCGCACUUUGGCAGCAGAAACCGAUCAAGCCAGCAGCUGAUGAGCCAGUCAAUCAACCUAACUGACAACAUUUUGGAUGAUCCCUUGAUGAGCUGUUCCUCCAACAGAUACGGGGCUGUGGAUCGUGGCACGAUGCAGGCCGAGUCUCGAGCGAACUCGUUGACGGCCUCGCGUCUCGACGACCUCUCGUACCAGGGAGGACCCGGAGGCCCGCCCAUGGGCAUGAACGGUGGCUACCCACGCCGGGCCAGCCAGUCGCCAGGCAACCCGUACAGCCCCUCUAUGCGCGGGGGUAACGGUGGCCGGCCGUCGCCACCCAACGGCUACGGCGGACCCCAGCACCCCAACGGGCGCCCCUCGCCGCCCAACGGGAUGAUGCAGCAGCCGGUUCCGCGAUACCCGCCCGGUCACGGAAACGCGAUCGCGCCGCAGCAAGUAGAACAGCACGUUGGGGUGAGCAACCUUCAGCUCCCGAAAGGCAACCAUGAAACUCGAAGUCUGACUGGUAGUGCGAGUGCCAGCGCGGGCAGUGGUGAUUCCAACUCGGAGCCCUCGGCCCACAGCAGCCAGAGCAGCCUUGGACCCCGCCCUCCCAUCGGCGUCCGCUAGAUCAAACGGCCCGACCGACGACGACGGCGAUGCCGUCUCUUUUUGUUUUUGCUUUCUUGGAAAGACAUGACCCCCACAAAAAAAACACCGAGCAUUCCUCUUCAUGAUAGCGCCUUUCUGCGAUGGGUCUUUGGGGCGUAAUGAACCGCUCUGAGAGAUAUUAUGGCCCGCGUCCGUUUUCCCUUGUUCUUCUAAUCUCUGCUUACUCUUGUAUCUGGCCGCAUCGGUUGUCCAGCCUCAUCAUCUCCCCACCCGAAUCUCAUGCCAGGAACAAGUCACCAGGCUAUCGGAGCAGGGCAAAAGACAUCUGUUACCCUACAAACCACCGGGUUUUUUUGGGGAUUCUUUGCUGUCUGCCGUGACCCCGAUUACCGGCGCAAAUCCAUCUAGCGCCGCAGCUCCUCUCUCUCUCUCUCUCUCAAGAAACGUCUUCUCUUUUAGAAUGGUCUCUUUGGGUUAUUUCUAUUCUACGGCGCACACACAUAAUCUUUAGUGGCUCUCGGUCUGGGGGAUGGGAGAGAAGCCCGGUACAUAGGCAUCUUUUUUGUUCUCUUUUGUUCUUUCCUCUCUUUUGACGACCAACAGCAACUACACAGCUUAUCUCUGGUAAUAACUGCAUUGGUGGACCCCGGGUCGGGACGUCCUGUUGUCUUUUCUAUCUCUGUCUUGUGCAGUACUCCAAAACUUUUCAUGCGCCGCUAUAAUUCGCCUAAACGAACGCCCCUGCUUUCCCCUCCACCUACCAGGUUGGGAUAUCCGUCUCCUUCUCUCUUGUCCUUUGUUUCCUACCGCACACCUCAUCAUCUCCAAUAUUUGUGUUUAUUCCUAGCGGUGGGAUGGGGUGGGUGGUCGUUUGUACCAAACAGAACGGGAAACCGAGGUUGAAGGAUGUAAUUGAGUCGGUCGAGGCCCGAUGCCCUGAUUGUAUACAGGUAACCGUCGGCCUCGAAGGUGGGGAGGAGGGCCAUGUACGACGGGGCAGAGGUUGUAUGCUGUAACACAUUCUGCAGCAAAGCAUCCCAUCCCCUCCCUUGUGGGCAGGCAAAGCGAGCGUGGGGGCAUACAGGUUCGUUUCCUGCAAAUCAUGGGAGGACCCUGGCUUGUAGGACGGAGGGAACUGUGAGGGAGGCUCAGGCUUAGCCUUAGGCUUACGCUGAUGUACAAACGGUGGAAAGAAAAAAAGAGUAUAUCACGAACUGUCACAUAUUUCGAACUACAAAUCAUACCGGCUGUGUCUCCUG